AUGAUACCGACGGACGGUUUCGUCAGAAAUUCGUCAAAAUAUGCCUAUUCCGAUGACAUUCUGACGAAUUUGUCCGUCAGUAUCCCCAUGUUUUCUUGUAGUGCGCACCCCAGUCAAUGCAAGACAUUUGUGAUUCAACAGAAACCUAUAGAAAGCGCCAAAGAGUACCUCAAGGUGUCCAUGGAACGAACACUAGAUGGUGUCGUGAAAGCCAAGAAGGACACCUACACUCUAAGGGAACAGUUUGAUUCAAAGCAACUUGAAAAGGGAGCUUGGGAGGAUUGUAUGGAAUUGUACGACCGAACCAUCCAAAGGCUUAACCAGAGCGCGUCGUGUCCCGAGGAGGACGUGUGCUCUAGAUCGGAUGUGCAGGCGUGGCUCAGCACCGCACUGACCAACCUAGGAACUUGUCGGGAAGGGAUGUCAGAGCUAGAUUUCUCGUCUGAUUCUUUGCAGGGAAUCACCAUUGAUGUCACUAACGCCUUGGCCAUUAGCAAGGUACGGGAUGGAGGAGGCAAACGGUAGCGGUUUUGUUGGGGCAUUAGGGAUAUUAGAAGAAGCAGAAGAUCACCGGAUGCAAUGGUGGCUCAAGAUGGCUCAGGGGACUACAAAACCAUACAAGAGGCGGUGGAUGGUGCUGGAGAGAGGACAAGGGGAAGCAAAAGGUACGUCAUACACGUCAAAGCAGGUGUUUAUCAGGAAUAUGUCAAAGUGGGAAUUAAAUCCCAUAUUAACAUCAUGAUCAUCGGAGACGGUAUCGGCAAAACCAUCAUCACCGGCGACAAAAGCAAAGGCCGAGGAUUUUCCACUCUCAAAUCCGCCACGCUCGGAAUCGUGAUACAGAACUCGGUGGUGAGAGCAGCUCCGGGGGCACAACUGGAAGGAGGCGUGAGGACGUACCUGGGCCGUCCAUGGGGCUGUUAUGCUAUGACGGUGGUGAUAGGGACGUUCCUUGGUCCUUUGAUCGAACUCAAAGGAUGGAUGGACUGGGGUAGCCAGACAGCGCUUACCACUUUGUAUUAUGGGGAGUAUAGAAACUCUGGUCCGGGUUCGGGUACAACAAACCGGGUUAUUUGGACCAGGUUUCAUGUGAUAUCAGGUAUUGAUGAAGCCCGUCAGUUUACGUUACACAACUUCAUCGACGCUGUUUCUUGGCUCCCCUCUACUAAAGUCCCUUUCACCACCCAUCUCCAAACACUUAUGUAA